AUGACCUGCGGCGGCCUCCCAAGCUCGACGGCGCCGGCGCCGAUGCCGACGGUGGCGGCCCCGCUGGAGGACGAGAACCUCCUCCCGGAGAUCCUCGUCCGCCUAGCCCGGCUGCCGUCCGCCCUCCCGCGCGCCUCCCUCGUCUGCAAGCGCUGGCGCCUCCUCGUCUCCGACCGACGCUUCGUCCGCCGCUUCCGCGCCCACCACCUCCGCAGUCCCCCUCCCCUGAUCGGAUUCUUCGAGGAGGUCACCCGCGAGCCCUCCCCGGACUCCCCCAGCAGCCUCUUCUUCACCCCGAUCCUGGAUCCCCCCAACCGCGUCCCGGUCAGCCGCUUCUCCCUGAGCUUCCGCAACGGCGACGGCCGCACGAUCCUCGGCUGCCGCGACGGUCUCGUGCUCCUCGUCGACGCGGGGGGUGCCGAGAUCGAGGUCCUGGUGUGGGACCCCAUCACCGGCGACCAGCACCGCUUCGUCGUCCCUCCGGCGAUCGACGAGCGCCAGGUCAUCGAGAUCUUAAACGGCGCGGUUCUCCGCACCGCCGGGAUCCUCGACGACCGCCCAUUCCGGUUCCAUGUGGUCUUGGCGGGCAUCGACAGGCCAAACAAGCGGCUGUUCGCCUGCGUUUACUCGUCGGAGGCCGGCAAAUGGGGUGAUCCAAUCUGGGUAUCCGUGGAUUCCGAGAGCGACGUUCGCACCACGGUUUCGAUGCGUGUUUCGAGUACCCUGGUUGGGAAUUCCCUCUACUGGUCGCUGAAUGGGGAUACUGCUGCCAUCCUUCAGUUUGAUUUGGGCACACAACGCCUGGCUGUGAUACCUCUGCCACUGGAUAAGUGCAGCGAUGGCAGCCGCUCCUUCCGGGCUAUGCCCGUGGACGGUGGCGGGCUUGGCAUCCUUGAGCUGUUGGAUUUCAACAUCCAAUUGUGGAAAAGGGAGAUCGACCGUGACGGUGUUGUUUCAUGGGUGCUGGGGAAAACUAUUGAAUUGGAUCAGCUUCUUUCCCUGGACAAGAGGGGAAUGAGUCCAAUGAUGCUGGGGUAUUGCGAGGUCAAUAAUGUGGUGUUCCUAAGGACAGUAUUCAGUAUUUUCUUGGUCCAGCUUGAGUCAUUGAAGUUCAACAAGCCGCCCAUACAGGCAUCUUACUUCUUGGUUCAUCCAUUCACAAGUGUUUAUACUGCAGACAUGGGCAUUGGUGGUGGACCUGAUGAAGCCAAACUUCUGUGUAAUGCAAUGCAUAAGCCACCACUGCUGCAUACUGUCAUGAGAAUGAGAUCGCAGUCUUGCUUCAGUGGCCAGCCCAGUGAGGAUUGCUCAGCCAAAUCUGGCAGAUCUAUGGGCAUCACACAGGAAAAUGCUUGGCCAUCUCCUGAUGCUGCUACAGUGGAGGACAUGUGCCCAGAUUUUGAGCUGUUGGACAAUCAGAUGAGCAAGAUGGUGGCGAUCAGGGUUCCCAGGAACAUGCGAGCCAAGCGCGAACUCCUCAAGCACGCGCCCAAGCUUGUUGAGAAUGGCAAGAAGAUGCUUAUUCUACAUGGUACAAAGACUAGCACAGUUUUGAACGAUGUGCUCGCAGAUCUUUUUCACCUGAAGCGUGAUCAUGCUGUGAAGUACACCAAGAAGAACGACAACAUCAGGCCAUUUGAGAGCGGGGGUGAAACUUCCCUGGAGUUCUUCUCCCUUAAAUCUGACUGCAGCCUCUUAGUGUAUGGUUCUCAUUCAAAGAAGAGGCCCAACAAUCUUGUUUUGGGAAGGACUUACGAUCACCACAUAUACGACCUUGUUGAAGUAGGAGUUGAGAACUACAAAUCCAUAGAAUCCUAUGCAUAUGAUAAAAAGUUGGCGCCUAAACUUGGGACCAAGCCUUUCUUUGCCUUCAUUGGGGAGCACUUUGAGAGUGUCGAUGAGCUGAAGCAUUUGAAGGAAAUGCUCCUUGAUCAUUUCAAAGGAGAGGUGGUAGAGAACCUGAACCUCGCUGGUGUAGAUCGGAUAUUCGUGUGCACAGCAAUUUCCCCUACUACUGUCUACAUGAUGCAUUGUGCUCUCCGUCUAAAAAGGUCAGGCACAUCUAUUCCUAGGAUGGAGCUGGUUGAAGUCGGUCCUUCAAUGGACCUGGUAGUUAGGCGGCACCAACGUCCAUCUGAAAGUUUACAGAAGGAAGCUAUGAAGGCUCCUGGUCAUGCUAAGAAGGUGAAAAAUGUGACGAAUAAUCCAAUUGAUGGCAAGGAGGGCAGGAUCUACAUUCCAGACCAGGAGGUUUCGAAAUUGACCUUAACAAGCGACAUAAAGGGCCUGAAGCGGGAGCGCCGUGAAGCCAAGAAAAACAAGGAGAAUUCGAAGAAGCAAAAGGUCAACCCCGAGUGA